AUGAGCGGUUCCGCUCUGUCGAGGACUGAGCUUUUGUAUCACAUGUCCAUGCUGCUACUAUCAUUGUUCAGCAAUUGUCCACAUCUACUUACACUGUGUAGCAAGAUCCGUUUCUGCUUGGAUAUGAACAACCACGGCUGGAGCACUGACGCUCUGUGUGCGACUGUAAGCGGGUUUGGCUUCCGUGGUCGGUGUUUCACUCUCGUGCUCGCCCUGGUGCUCUUCUGUAUCGCACUGACAUUUCCCGUUUUGUGUUGUCUUCGCCAGGAUGGUUCGAUCUCGGUCUCAUGGAUGCUGGUCUUCACUCCGUUAUGGAUCCUAGACGCUGUUUACUAUGGCUAUGCGCUGUUCUCGCUGAUAUUCUCGGAUGUCAAGCUGUUCUCCUUUUGCAAACUGUUGUUGCUGCUAUUGACACAAGCAUUGAUCGUGAUAAAGUUGAACGGCGUGGUAGACUGGAGCCUCCUAGCAGUGCUAACUCCGUACUUCAUGUAUGAGGGUCUCAACGUGCUGGAGACUCUGGCUGGUACUGUGCAAAGGUAUCAGAUACCCUUGACCGAUAAUAUUGAAGCUGGAGCUCUUCAGACGGAGAGUACCGACACAGAAGGUUGGCUGCUCGCGAAGGCAGUCGUGCACAAGACUGGCUUCAUACUGCUGCCGAUUCUCGAGGCUUCGUUGACCGAAAUGAAAGUUGACGGAAGACUAUUGGGUACUAGUUGGUGGCAAAUCAUGACUCCUGUGUGGAUCCUGGUCGCAUACCGUUUCUGCUGCCUCGUCGCGCAUUACAGAAAUUCCACUUCAACCGAUGAACUGACGGAUGCAGUAAUUACUGGUGGUGUCAACUUUUUGCUGGCUGCCCCAUUCGUUCUUCUUGCAGAGCGAUUGGAUGGCAAGACGGUGUCCAGUUUCGUCAUUGUAAUGCCGUGGAUGAUUUUGAUGGCUGCGUCGUUUUUGUUCUUGUUUUGUGCAAUGUCCUUGGCGGGAUCCGAACGACUUGUUCAGAGUGGUGUCCAGCCUACAAUUUGCCUCGCCCAGAGCAACAAUAGUUACGGCACAAUUGCCACGAGUUGA